AUGCCGGCCCCGUAUUCCGACAACCUGUACUCCGCCGACGACUCCGACUUUGACGAAGUCCCGGACGACAGCCUCGACGCCCACCUAUCGCCAACAGACGGAUACUUCCAAAGCAGCGCUUCAUUGUCAGCCGGGGGAAUAUACCCUCCGCAGCAGCAAGAGUCUCAUCUCCACAACAGCGAGGACAACGUCACUGACGCGACGACGUUCCCCACGUCCGCCGCCGUACCGCAUGUGCCCAACGUCCUCGUCCAAGACCCGUCGCUGCUGCAGCGAGAGCAAGAAGAACAAGGCUCCUCGUCAUCAAAGAAGGACCGUGAAGCCAAGGAAGAGACACGGUUGAAUACAUCCUUCCAUCAUCACCACCACAACAACGACGCCGCCGUAGAAGCACAAUCACACUUUUACGACGACGGAGCCUCCUCCACCGCCGCAGACAGCGAGGUGACGCCGUCACAUACAACCUAUACCUCCCAUUCCCACUCCCACUCCCACUCUCGCUCACACUCCCACGUCGCCCAGAGCUCGUCGUCUUAUACACCCUACUCGCCCUCCACCGACGCUCCACUACGCACGCCCCAGACUCACUCGAGAUACUCCUCCAACAACCCGGCCUCUCUGUUUCGCAUCCCCAGCGAGGCACCACCCGCCUACACGCCAUCGCCCACGUCCCCGCUCUCGUCAUCACCUACAGAGUUUAGAAACUACCAAACCUUCAACACCAUCGCGAGGACGACCAACACCAACAACAUCAACAUGGGCGCACCCGAAGAAGAGAGGCGCCUGCUCGGCCGCGACCCCGAGAGCAUGGGCGACGUGCCCUAUGCUGACCAUGACGACGACGACGACCAUGACCCUAGACCCUCGCCGUCGUGGAGGGAUAGAGCUCUUAAGAAGUUCCCUUGGGCUUCUAGGCGGACGUUGAAGAUGGUGCUGCUUGGCGCCUUGGUCUUCUUCACCUUGACGGGAUUCCUCAGCAUGUUGGCCUCGACUGUAGUCAACUCGCCAUCUGAAAAGUCUCCUGCCAAGGAGCCUCCCCAGCAAUAUGACCCCGUCACCGGCCUGCCCAUCAAAGACGGGUCCCCCGCGCCAAGUGAUCCCUCCAAACCCGCCGAGCCAGGCCAACCCGUCCCUUGGCAUCCCUCAAGCUCGUGCCUCCAAACCGAGCACCGCUUCGAACCCAAAUUCUUCGACCUCACCUUCGCCGCGGACAAGUCCAUCAGCGUCCUCCAAACCGUCGAAUCCAACUCCCCCUCCCGCGGCUACCAGCCCCAGGUCUCGGGCGACCUUGUCGUCCGCCGCCAGCAGGCCGGCCGCCCGGGACCCUCGAUCGAGUUCGAGGUCGUCUCCAACGACCCGGCCCUCGACGUCGCCGUCGAGUGGAACUCGGAGCAGCAGCUCCUCAUCCGCACCCCGCAGCGCGUCGAAUGGACAGAGUCCCGCCGGCCCUGCAUGACCGUCCGCGCGACCGUCUGGGUCCCCGAGGGCGCCUCCCUCCGCCACAUGCUCCUCUGGGCCACGAACCUCGACGUCCGCGUCAUCGACGACCUCUCCAUCAACCUCGCAGACGGCCUCGAGAUCGGCACACUGUCCGGCGACGUCCACUCCCCCGUCCAGGUCCCCACCACAUACCGCCUCAACUCCCGUGACAUCCUCGUAAAGACCAUCUCGGGCGACAUCGUGGGCUCCUGGCCGCUCUACGACUCCCUCAAGAUCAACUCGGAAUCAGGCGACAUCAUCGCAAACGUCGCGCCCCAGCAAGUCCUCGAUUCCCGCCCCCGCCCGGCCGUCCUCGAAGUCGCCACCAUCUCGGGCGACAUCACCGUCAAGGAACCCGUCGCCGCCGCCGCGGAAAGCAGCAAACCCGACACCGUCGUCCCGCCGCGCGACUACAUCACCACCCUCGACACCAAAUCCGGUUCCAUCAAGGCCUGGGUCGCCUUCUCCUCCGCCGCCGUCGCAGAAAGCAUCAGCGGCGACAUCGCCGCCGAGUUCCUGCCCGUCUAUAACGUCAGCCUCCUCCAAGCUGUGGCAGAACCCGAGCUGCAUACAAAGACCAAGUCCGGCGACACCGCCGUCAAGAUCCUCGACCCCAUCUGGGUGGAGAUCCUCGGCACCGAAGGCGCGUACGAGGGCGAGAAGCCGCGCGCGAACCCGGAUGAACCAGUGGACAUCCCUACGAACCCGCUCCCCAUCCCCGACAAGAUCCCGCGCAUGCCAGGCGUGCCCUUCACGCCCAUCGGCGCCGGGCCGUGGAAACGUAUCCCGCUGCCUGGUGGUCGACACUUGGACGACGCCUGGCGCGUGGUGCGUCGUCACCCCCUCGGCGACGCCAUCACGGCGUCCUCCUCUCAGCAGGAGCGCGCCGUCGCAAUCAAAGACCAACCGCCCAUGCGCCACCUCAAGUCCUCGCACGGAUCUGUUAGCGGGAGCAUGAAGCUCAAGUACCCCGCCUCGUGGGAAGGCACCGUCGAAGCCGAGAGCAUCAGCGGCAAGAUUGACAUCCGCGGCAAAGAUGUAAAGAUUGAUAGCCGGACAAAGUGGCCCAAGGCCGUGCACGCGCACAAGGGCCAGGCGUGGAACUGUCAGGUGUCGUUGGGGAGUGUUUCUGGCGAUGAGAUUCUUAUCAUCGGGGAGGAGAGGUGAGCCAAGCAAGCGCAAACGGCUUCUUGAGCAUUUCUUCAGGGCGAUAGAAACGGGGGGGGUGUUGGUAUAGAUGUGUUCCAUGUAUGCGGGAAAUACGUGGACGAAUGAUGGCGCGAAUAUGCGUCAUCUUAUGAUGGGAGCGAAAAGAGAUGGAAGGAAAAAAAGGGCAUAUUACCUUAAUACCUGUCGUUACGAUGGAUGGAUGGAUUUCAACGGCGUUUUCGGACGAGGAAAGCUCAGCAAAGAUGACCUGAGCAGUUUUUACAACAUAACCCAAUUGUAUUGCACGCAUUUUGGCAAAUACCGACGAGGCGAAAUCACGAACCUCGAAUACUUUUUUUCCUUUCUAAACUUGGAAUAUAUACAAGAGCAUCAACUUCAUCAACAUCU